AGGCUAGAGAUGCGCCUUGACCAGCUUAAACGAGAAAAUACUCAACUACGUCAGCAGAACGACGAAUGGCGCCUUCGAUUUUCCCAGAUAGAGCUACGUUACAAAGACUUGCAGGCACACUACACAUGUCAUCUGCGCAGUAUGAGUGACUUUGAAGUCGAUCCACGGCACCCAACUGAUAUAGUCAGCAUUUUGGCUUCCUCUGAUGAUGCAGUAAUUGCAAGUUCAUCUGAAACGGUCGUCGGUGUCCCGCAGCCGGCCCUCACCAGUCGUAUGACGAUAUCUGGAGUUGGUUCACUCUCUUCUGCUGGUCCUGUGGAUGCAAUGAGAUCCCACGACACUGUAUCAACUGGAGGAAUAGGCAGUGGACUCGAGAAAACAGUAGUAUUUACAGCGCCUGCCGAAGAGGAAAUCAGCGAGAUUCGCCGUAAUGUUUCUCUCCCAUCCGGAUCCCCUGUAGCCUGUCUACCUAAUUUCCACCAAGCAAAUGAAGCUGCUGCUACCGUAGUUGUAAAUACUGAAAUUCAAACGACUGUCUUACCAGCCAAUCGUUGUGCUCUACGAGUUCGACAAGAGUCCCACCAUGAGGAAAUCGCGUCUGGGGAGCCGAGACCUCUUCGUCUUUUCCCCCUCCGGCACACUUCUACGGCUGCAAGUUUCGAUACAAUCUCCUCACCCUCCAUUUCCCCGUCUGCAUCUCCACCUGCUCUUAUGAUCCCUACUAAGGCAGCCUUUUCGUCUUUAUCCUGCCCCACCACUCUCAGUAAUCUGUCUUUUUCCCUUUCAUCUUCACCCUAUUCCCCCAGAUCCUCCCUUUCUGCCGUUUCUUUGGCCCAUUUGUCUAAUACCCCUACAGCGUCAUCUGCAUCUCCUCGUCCAUCUCUCGAUGCUCUCCAUGCUCCAGCACUGGAUACUUCAGCUACACCUGUCAGAAGGCGACUCAUAAUGCCUUUGGCUUCUUCUCGGCUAAUCUGUUCGGCUGCCGCUCAACCAAAGAUACUCACUAGCCUCUCAUCAAGCAACGUCAUAACCUCAGCGGCCUCUAUCACUGUCUCAACAGCAGCUGCACCUGAUGCCUCUAACCCAUGCACCUUGGUACUUCCUCCUAAAUCUGGCUUGCUUCAACAUUUUUGCCAACCUAAUGGUACAUUUCGAACGUCUUCCGCCAUCGUUGAUACCACUACAUGCAUUGAUGAUGAGCCUUAUUCCAGCUCCGUCUCUUUACCAUCUUCGUCAUCAUCUUCCAUACCGAAUCCUGUUGGUUACGGACUGUCUGGAAUUUUGCCGCCUGUAUCUAAUGGACACCAGACUACUAAUCAUUCCUCACAAAUUUCGUUUACUCGACCCUUACAGAAAACUAGCGCUUCAUCUACAUCUUCCUUAAUAAAGACCAGCCUCCCUUCCAAUGAAUGGACCUUAGGAGUGGGCGGGCGGCCAACUCCAUUUAUGAUGGCAAAAAGUACACUUGAUCGGGUUGAUGGGCGUUUGGAUAAAACACUGGUCAAGCGGUUUACUUUGCAGUCUCCUGUACAUACAACCUCAGUGAUGCCCCAAGUGUCUGGUAUGCUUGAACUUUGA